AUGACGGAUGAUGAUGACUUAGUAGAUUGUGACUUGUUUAUCGCAUCACCGACGUCAGAUCCGGAGGCGCACCACCUCACUGAUUCUCCGUGUUCGUCUGGAGAGGGCAGAAAGUCUUCACGAGACAGCAGUGCAGAAGCGCGGUCUGUUAUUACCCCAGAAGAAAAAAUCAAUGCGGAAAAGCGAGAACUUGACGAGGGAGUUGAACCCGUUGUCGACGAUGAUCCUAUUGAGGCAUCUGAACUCCUUGAGAACACUGAAAUUCCUGGAACGCUGGCGGCUGCCUCAGCAGACAUCUGUGAAGAUGAUGGUAACCGAGACGAAGAUGAUACACUGGUCGUCGACGAUUCCUUUCCUAUUGAAGCAUCUGAACUGCUUGACAAUACUGAAAGU